GAGUUCAACCAUUCCUUCUCCAUUUUACUAAUUUUUUUAUAGAUAGAAAUGGCAAUGUCAAUCUUGUCAUGUUUACGAAUUUUCACAUUAGUUAUGUUCGUGCUUGAGCCUAAUCGAGUAUUAAGCUCAAGACACUUUGGUUUCAUUAGUUAUGGCGACAAUGGAGCGGGUAUGUGUGCCUCCACUGUCGCCCCUCAUGGUUACAAAUGCCAAGAAUUUGAGGUUAAAACUGAUGAUGGAUACAUACUAAGUGUACAAAGAAUUCCUCAAGGCCGUGUAGGAGGUGGUGGGCAAAUCAGGCAGCCAGUUUUGUUGCAGCAUGGAGUUCUUGUGGAUGGUGCAACGUGGUUGUUGAGUCCACCGGAAGAAUCUGUGGCGAUGAUGUUAGCAGAUAAUGGUUUUGAUGUUUGGAUUUCGAAUACCAGAGGAACCAGAUAUAGUCGUCGUCAUGUCACCCUUGACGCUAGAGAUUCGGAAUACUGGAAUUGGUCAUGGGAUGAAUUGAUUGUUCAUGAUUUACCAUCUGUUAUUGACUUUAUCUUCAAACAAACUGGACAGAAAAUACACUAUGUUGGUCAUUCAAUGGGAACUUUGAUAGCUUUGGCAUCAUUCUCAGAAGGAAGAGAAAUAGACAAGGUUAAAUCAGCAGCAUUACUAAGUCCAAUUGCUUAUUUGAGCCAUAUGACCACUGCACUUGGUGAAGUUGCUGCUAGAGCCUUUGUUGGUGAAAUCACCACAAUAUUUGGUCUUGCUGAGUUUAAUCCAAAGGGUGGACCUGUAAACAAAUUGCUCAAGUUCUUCUGUGCUCAGCCAGGGGUAAAUUGCUAUGACUUAAUGACUGCAAUUACUGGGAAGAAUUGUUGUUUGAAUUCCUCCACGGUCGAGAUAUUUUUGAAUGACGAGCCUCAAUCCACUUCAACUAAAAACUUGGUGCAUUUGGCUCAGACCGUUAGAGAUGGUACACUUUCAAAAUAUGACUACGGGAGCAACUACAAUUUGGCGCAUUAUGGUGAAACCAAACCUCCAAAGUACGAUUUAGGCAACAUUCCUCGUGAUCUUCCACUAUUUUUGAGCUACGGUGGGCAAGAUGCACUGUCCGAUAGCAAAGACGUUGAAACAUUGCUUGACUAUCUAAAGUUUCAUGACGUAGACAAAUUGCAUGUUCAGUACAUCAAGAAUUAUGCUCAUGCGGACUUCGUCAUGGCAACCAACGCCAACAAUCUUGUUUAUAACCACAUUAUUUCUUUUUUUAGAAACUAUGCCUAGCUAGCUAAGACCCCUCAUCAAAAUUUGACCAUGAUGAGAAACAACAUUGUUCAUGAUGAACACACUAA